UGACCCCGCCCUCUUAGCCUCCCUCUCCCUCCCUCCCUCGGGCCCCCUCCUCUCUGGUCAUCCCCGGCAAUUUGCCCUAGUUGCUGGAGACGGAAGCCGAGCGGGAGCGCUGGUGGCGGUGGCGGCGGGGAGAAUGGGGGACUCCAAAGUGAAAGUGGCCGUGCGGAUCCGGCCCAUGAACCGGCGCGAAUUUGACUUGCAUACCAAAUGUGUGGUGGAUGUAGAUGCAAACAAAGUUAUUCUUUAUCCUGCAAAUACUAAUCUUUCCAAAGGAGAUGUCAGAGGUCAGCCAAAGGUAUUUGCUUAUGAUCAUUGCUUCUGGUCUAUGGAUGAAUCUGUCAAAGAAAAAUAUGCAGGUCAAGAUGCUGUUUUUCAGUGCCUUGGAGAGAAUAUCCUUCAGAAUGCCUUUGAUGGCUACAAUGCAUGUAUCUUUGCCUAUGGACAAACUGGGUCUGGAAAGUCUUACACAAUGAUGGGCACAGCUGACCAACCUGGAUUAAUCCCAAGACUUUGCAGUGGUCUCUUUGAAAGAACUCAGAAAGAGGAGAAUGAAGAACAGAGUUUUAAAGUUGAAGUGUCCUACAUGGAAAUCUAUAAUGAGAAAGUUAGAGAUCUCUUGGACCCCAAAGGAAGCCGUCAAACAUUGAAAGUUAGAGAACACAAUGUACUGGGUCCUUAUGUGGAUGGGCUUUCUAAACUGGCUGUCACAAGCUAUAAGGAUAUUGAGUCCUUGAUGUCAGAAGGCAAUAAGUCCCGAACAGUUGCUGCUACCAAUAUGAAUGAAGAAAGCAGCAGAUCCCAUGCAGUCUUCAAAAUCAUCCUGACCCAUACUUUGUAUGAUGUGCAAUCUGGGACAUCGGGAGAGAAGGUUGGCAAAUUAAGCCUGGUUGACUUAGCAGGCAGUGAAAGAGCCACAAAAACAGGAGCCGCGGGUGACAGGCUGAAGGAAGGAAGCAAUAUUAACAAGUCCCUCACCACCCUUGGUCUGGUUAUCUCCGCCCUUGCAGAUCAGGGUGCUGGAAGAAACAAGAACAAAUUUGUUCCAUACAGGGAUUCUGUCCUCACCUGGCUGUUAAAAGAUAGUCUUGGGGGUAAUAGCAAGACAGCCAUGGUGGCCACUGUUAGCCCUGCAGCUGAUAACUAUGAUGAGACUCUUUCAACUCUGAGGUAUGCUGACAGAGCCAAAAACAUUGUUAACCAUGCAGUAGUGAAUGAAGACCCCAAUGCACGAAUCAUUCGGGAUCUCCGAGAAGAAGUAGAGAAACUCAGAGAACAGCUAACAAAAGCAGAGGCCAUGAAAUCCCCAGAGCUAAAGGAUCGGCUAGAAGAAUCAGAGAAAUUGAUUCAAGAAAUGACUGUAACCUGGGAAGAAAAACUAAGAAAAACAGAGGAGAUUGCACAGGAACGACAGAAACAGCUAGAGAGUCUUGGAAUAUCUCUUCAGUCUUCUGGAAUCAAAGUUGGGGAUAACAAAUGUUUUCUUGUCAAUUUGAAUGCUGAUCCUGCCCUCAAUGAACUCCUGGUUUACUAUUUAAAGGAACAUACUUUAAUAGGAUCAGCUAAUUCCCAAGAUAUCCAGCUCUGUGGAAUGGGAAUUCUUCCUGAACACUGUAUUAUAGACAUCACAUCAGAGGGCCAAGUUAUUCUAACGCCUCAGAAAAACACCAGGACAUUUGUAAAUGGUUCUUCUGUUGCAAAUCCUAUACAGUUACACCAUGGAGACCGAAUCCUGUGGGGAAACAACCACUUUUUCAGACUCAAUUUGCCAAAAAAGAAAAAGAAAAUAGAUAAAGAAGAAGAUGAGGACCAAGAAAAUUCUGUGAAGAAUAGUAGCAGUGUUGAGCAGCUGGAUGUAGAUGGAGACACUUCCAGUGAGGUGUCCAGUGAAAUUAACUUCAAUUAUGAGUAUGCACAAAUGGAAGUGACCAUGAAGGCUCUGGGGAACAAUGAUCCAAUGCAGUCCAUCUUAUAUAGCUUGGAGCAACAGCAUGAAGAGGAGAAGCGGUCGGCAUUGGAGCGUCAGAGACUCAUGUAUGAACAUGAGCUGGAGCAGCUAAGAAGGCGGCUUUCUCCGGAGAAACAGUCCUACCGUAGCAGCAUGGACAAGUUCCCCUUCCAUUCUCCCAGUGCUCAGCAACGCUUAAGGCAGUGGGCAGAGGAGAGAGAAGCAACACUGAACAACAGCCUGAUGAAACUGAGAGAGCAGAUCGUUAAAGCCAAUCUGUUAGUCAGAGAAGCAAGUUUCAUUGCUGAGGAACUGGAUAAGAGAACGGAAUAUAAAGUCACCUUACAGAUUCCAGCCUCCAGCCUUGAUGCUAACAGGAAGCGAGGCUCACUUCUCAGUGAACCUGCCAUCCAGGUGAGGAGAAAAGGCAAAGGUAAACAGAUAUGGUCCUUGGAGAAACUGGAUAAUAGAUUGUUGGACAUGAGGGACCUUUAUCAGGAGUGGAAGGAAUGUGAUGAAGACAGCCCAGUAACAAGGUCUUACUUCAAGCGAGCUGAUCCAUUCUACGAUGAACAAGAAAAUCAUAGUCUCAUUGGUGUGGCCAAUGUGUUCCUCAGCUCUCUUUUUUAUGAUGUGAAGCUACAAUAUGCUGUGCCAAUCAUCAAUCAGAAAGGAGAGGUGGCAGGUCGGCUACAUGUGGAAGUGGUACAGAUCAGUGGUGCUAUUGGAGAACGAAUCGCAGGCGGGGACGACAGUGCUGACUUUUCAUUUGAUAAGGACACACAGGACCACAAACUGGUGUGCAUGGUCAAAAUACUUCAAGCUACAGGUUUGCCACAACAUCUCUCCAACUUUGUGUUCUGCAAAUACACCUUCUGGGAUCAGCAGGAACCAGUCAUUGUUGUACCUGAAGUUGAUACUUCAUCUUCUCCUGUCAGCAAAGAGCCUCAGUGCAUGGUGGUCUUUGAUCACUGCAAUGAGUUUUCUUUCCACAUUUCUGAAGAUUUUAUCGAAUAUCUUUCUGAAGGGGCUUUGGCAAUUGAAGUAUAUGGCCACAAGAUGACUGAUCCUCGAAAAAAUCCAGCCCUUUGGGAUUUGGGAAUUAUCCAAGCCAAAACACGGAGUCUCCGUGAUAGGUGGAGUGAAGUCACUAGAAAAGUAGAAUUCUGGGUUCAAAUUCUGGAACAGAAUGAAAAUGGAGAAUACUGUCCAGUGGAAGUGAUUCCUGCAAAAGAUGUGCAGACAGGAGGUAUUUUCCAGCUACGGCAGGGGCAGUCACGGCGAAUUCAAGUUGAAGUGAAGUCUGUGCAGGAGUCUGGAACUUUGCCACUAAUGGAGGAAUCCAUAAUGUCUGUUGGUGUAGGAUGUGUAAAAAUAAGACCUCUGCGAUCCCCAAAGACUCAUGAGAUUUUCCAUGAAGAAGAAGAUGACAUGGAUAGCUACCAGGACAGAGAUUUGGAAAGACUACGGCGAAAAUGGCUGAACACAUUAACCAAACGUCAAGAAUACUUGGAUCAACAACUACAAAAGCUUGUCAGUAAGCCUGAUAAAACAGAAGAUGAUGCUGACAGGGAAGCUCAACUUCUAGAAAUGAGGUUGACUUUAACUGAAGAAAGAAAUGCCGUCAUGGUCCCAUCUGCUGGCAGUGGUAUCCCUGGGGCUCCAGCUGAAUGGACUCCAGUGCUUGGUAUGGAAACUCAUAUUCCUGUUAUAUUUCUAGACUUGAGUGCUGAUGAUUUCAGCUCACAGGAUAAUCUUGAUGACCCAGAACCUGCAGGAUGGGAUGCUACUCUUACUGGAGAAGAAGAGGAGGAGUUUUUUGAACUGCAGAUUGUAAAACAUCAUGAAGGAGAGGCAAGAGCAGAAGCCUCGUGGGACUCUGCAGUGCAUAACUGUCCUCAGCUCAGCAAAGGAGCCACAGCAGAUGAAAGAGUAUUUCUGAUCGUAAGAGUGACAGUCCAGCUCAGCCAUCCUGCUGAAAUGCAGCUCGUGCUACGUAAACGCAUUUGUGUCAGUGUUCAUGGCCGCCAGGGUUUUGCUCAAAGUCUCCUAAAAAAGAUGUCUCAUCGAAGUUCCAUUCCUGGCUGUGGAGUCACAUUUGAAAUUGUCUCCAAUAUCCCAGAGGAUGCUCAGGGUGCAGAGGAACGAGAAGCAUUAGCAAGAAUGGCAGCUAAUGUUGAAAAUCCAGCCUCAGCAGACUCAGAAGCCUAUAUUGAAAAAUACUUGCGAAGUGUCUUAGCUGUUGAAAACCUUCUUACUUUAGAUCGUCUUCGUCAGGAAGUUGCUGUGAAGGAACAACUAACGGGAAAAGGAAAGCUGAAUAGGAGGAGUAUUAGCUCUCCAAAUGUGAACCGACUCUCUGGAAGCCGACAAGAUCUUAUUCCAACUUACAGUUUAGGUAGUAACAAGGGUCGAUGGGAAAGUCAGCAAGAUGUUUCCCAAUCAGAACAUUCCAGAGGGAUGACUCCAGCUCGUCCAUCUCUUUCUGGGCCUCCCCAAGAUAACCAUUCCCCUGAACCAGGUCUUGGUGGCUUAGCAGCCUCCUACUUGAAUCCAGUAAAAUCCUUUGUGCCGCAGAUGCCCAAGCUGCUUAAGUCCCUCUUUCCUGUCCGAGAUGAAAAAAAGGGCAGACAACCAUCUCCUCUUGCACAGCAGCCCAUUCCCCGAAUUAUGGUACAACCUGUCAGCGUGGAUGUCAGCAGGACCAAGACAAAGCAGGUUACUCAAGAGGAUGAGCGGAAAGAUUCAUCUGAAACUUCUCUCUCAUCUCCUGCCAUGGGGAAGAAUUCUGAUAAAGUCUACAAAGUGCCUUCCCAGCAAUUACAUUCUUCAAAUGUCCAGACACAAGAUACCCCAGAGGGUCCCCCCAGCCCCGUGAGUGAGGCUUCUAGUGGUUACUUCUCCCAUAGUGUCUCAACAGCAACUCUGUCUGAUGCCCUUGUAGUUGGCACGGACCCCAAUGCCCAUGCUGGCAGUCAGACCCCAAGCACUCCCCCUCACCCCCCUUGCCAGGUAACAUCUGAAGGUGAUGUUCCAUUACCACCAGUUGUCUUGUCCUCUGAGAGUUCUUGUUUGACUCAGAAAGAGAAUUUACCUGAUCUAGCAGAAGCACAGAUCCAGCCAAUGCAGAAAAACCAAGAUGGCAGCGGUGGUGCUUUAAAGCUCAGAGGCUCAGCUUCCUGUGUCAAUAAGAACAGGGACUUGGAGGAUGCCUCUCUUGCCACUGACACAAAGAGUGUUCUUUCCAUUUCCUCCCCCAAGAAGGAAACCAACAGUGAGCUCAGAGCAGGAGAGAGUGCUUCAACCAUCAAACAGCCUGCCAGGCCUAAGGACCACACCGAGCCAGCCUCUAACCAGGAAGUCUCCAAGCCACAGUUGUCCCCAGACUUACUAUCUCAGUCUCCUGCUGUGGCCUCUCCAUUUAAAAUCCAGAAGGUGAGAACUUCAGAGCUAAAAUCGUUCACACAAAUGCUAGGAGACUCUAACUGUCCCUCCAGUACAAAUGAAGACCAGCCGACCACCUCGGGAGCGCUCAGCAACCCAGGAGGAGCAGCCAGGGAAAAGCUAGAAAUGACAUCUGACUCGGAAGAAGCUGACGAAGUCCCAGAAUGGUUGAAAGAGGGAGAAUAUGUCACUGUGGGCACAAACAAAACAGGGAUCGUCAGAUAUAUUGGACCAACAGACUUUCAAGAGGGGACCUGGAUUGGAGUGGAGUUGGAUCUACCUUCUGGUAAGAAUGAUGGCUCCAUUGGGGGAAAGCAGUACUUCAAAUGCAACCCUGGCUAUGGUCUCCUUGUGAAGCCAGGCAGGAUCAAGAAGGCCACAGGGCCGGCCCGGAGGCGCAGCGCGGGCCUCAGGCUCCAAGGGGCGACGGUGGAGCACCGCAAGAGCGGGAACCUGUCCGGCUCGGCCUCCAACUUGGCCUCAUUGACAGCCCUCGCCAAGGCCGAAGGGGGAUCUGCACUGAGGCCCGAGAGGAGCCAGAAAGCUGCAGAAAACCGCAAAUCCUGGGCCAGUUAAGCGCAGUCCUGUCGGCCAGCUCUGUGCCCCCCGGAAAGGCCCCAGGAGCUCCUGACACAUCUAGGCACUCACUGGCAAGAUCAUGGGAAGGCUCUUCCCCGGCCCCUUUGGAGCCCUCUGAUGGCCGCCGUGCACCCUCGUGGCCCUCUCUGGGGACAGCCGCUCUGGCCUUGACCUCCUGCCUUUCAACCGGUGGAACCCCCCCAGGCUUCCUGGGAGAGCUCAAAUAGGAGCACUGUGAGGGGCACGAAGCGGGCUGUCUUUUCUCCGGGUUUUAACUGGUUUCAGCAGCUACUUUUUCCUAAGCCGGGAGAAUAGGAAAGCCUCUCCUGAACAGCAGGGUGGGAAGGUUCUGAAAGGAGGCCUGGGCUCGUCUCUGACCCUGCCCUUACUGGGCUUCUGCUAACACAUUAAUUCUAAUUUUUUGUGAUUCCAUUAACCCUUCUUUUUAAGUAGAAUUAAAACUGAGGCCUCCUUUCCCUCCCCCAAAGAAUGACUCCCCGGUGCUGGCCCGAGAUCUCGAGGCUCCUGGUGUUGUUUGCCUGCAGGCCUUGGCCAAUGUGUCCUUUCUGGGACCCCUCCCCACCCCCCAAAUGUUCUCUCUCUCGCCCCCCCUCCCCCCGUGUUUCCCUGUGCAGGGGCUCUUACCUGCUCCCCCUUUUCCUUACUUUCUCUUACAGGGUAUAUAGUUUGAAAAGAAUGUCCUUGCCUUCAACUUGGAAGACUGUUUUGUUUCCCAGCAAUGCCCUUAACAGAGUGUUUGGAUAGUAUUUAUUUGUAUUUAUUACGAUUUUUAAUCCUAAAUAAUGUGCGAGCUACAAUCUUUCACUGCCUUCCGUAGACCCAGGUGCCUUCAGCUCCCUCGUGCGCAGAGCCUGCGUGGGGAGCAGCCGGCCUCGUCCGGGGGGCUCCUGGCUCUGGGCACCUCCGAGGAGCCCGACUUCAUUUUCAGACACACAAGUGGCCUUACUCGAAUGAAAUGGAAGCAAAACUACUUUCACAAAAUGCUAAACACUAAAUGACCCGGAUGUUUUGUGGCAGUCCCAGGAAGGGUCCUGACCCGGCCUUGAUAACUCCCCAGUUAGCCGGCUGGCGUGUGCGAGGGCAUUUUCUCUAUGCGUGCCUUUAGUGGGACCCUUCCCUGGUGCUAAGAUUUAGGACGUCCGGGGUGUCGGCUCGAAAAAGCUCCUUAUUUUCACUGACCUGAGUCGAGGUCAGCAUCUCUUUCCAUCAUGAAUAUAGCCCACAGAGCCUCCGGAGAAGAGGCGCCCGGCUUCCCUGGGCCGCAGCUGCCGGGACCCGUCCUGGCCUCUCUUUUCCUCAUAGACGUUCUCUGGGGCGACCUGGGAUCCCCACAACAGGGAGGCAAACAGCAGCUUCCAGGUGCUGCCGGAACGCAGCCCCCGUGGAGCUGGCACUUCCGUCCCCGCUUCAGUUGGGGAAGGUGAAGGAACAAAUAGCGGAUUCUGAGCCGCCUCCAUCCUUUUGGUUUUAUGGGCUCCUUGGCCCUGUGAGAGCGUGCGCGGACACCUUCCGGGGACGGGGAUGGGGAAGGUGGUCAGGAGCCCUGCCAGGCCCUUCCGUCUCACGCAGGGCUCUAGCUUUGGCUGCCGCCACCGGACGGACCUGGGGCAAACCGUUCCACUUGUGCCUCCCUUGGCUUCCUUCUUCUGUGAAGCGAGAGGGUGCUCCUCGGGGACUUCCUGUCAAGUAAUGGGGCUGGACGGCAGGACCCCGAAGGCUCCCGCCGGCAUGUUGGCAGGGAGCGGCCGAGAGCAACAAAGGAGGGGUGGGCAGCAGGGGAGCCGGCCGCCUCCCCGGAUCUGCCUUUCAGAGGGAGGGGAGACGCGGUCGCGGCACUCACGAUCCAGACACUCGUUAAAGAGCUGGGUGAUGCCCUGUGAAGAUGCUUAAGAUUAAUUAACUUCCAUUAAUUAAAAUCCUAGUAAUUGCUUGCAACACUGCCUUAAAUUAAACUGCUUUAACAAUCAGCUGUUUUCCAAGCGUUUUGCCUUUCCCUCUCCUGAUCCCUCUGCCUGAGGUACAUUGGGCUGAGGAUGGUGUAAAUACUUGUCACAACACAGGCUGAAGCACAAAACUUUGUGUCCAGAAGGUCCGGAUCACCACGUGGGAUCUGCGGCUCUUGGCCUUUAAGGGCCUAAUGGAGGCUGCCCGUCCGGCCGCCUGUGCCUUAGCGGCCUCCUUCCCGGAGCGGCCGGCGUCCCCCGAGGCUCCUGCUCACACGCCAGCGGCACUGACCGGCUACCCUGAUUGCUUGGAGGUCCAUCUUGGCAACAUCCAGAGCCGAGAAAAAGGGAGUCGGAUGUUAAACCUGAAAGGGACCAGGAUGGCCUGAGGCGGGACUCCAGUACCGAUGAGGAAGGAGGCCGGGGAGUUGUGGGAGGCCACCAGGACCCGGGCCUCCUGGGCACCCGAUCCACCGGCCCUUGAGUCACCCCUUAAACUCCAGGCCUUUGGCCGCAUCCACUGACCAGUGCAGCGUCCGUCACUGUGCAGGGCCCCCUGUCAGCUCCAGAGGGAGGAGGCCACAGGGAAACUGCCAGACUGUCCGAGGCCGGUGAUCUCCCCCACUUCCGCUGGUCCCAAGAAGAGUCUUGUCAGGCGGAGGCCCCUGCUUGUACCACCCUCCACCACAUGGUGCAGCUUUCCUUUUCCCAAGCCCCUUGUCUUCUCACAAGCCCUGCUUUGGGGGGGUGGCUGGGUGGCUCAGUGGAUGGAGAGCCGGGCCUAGACGGAGGUGGGGGGUCCUGAGUUUAAAUCUGGCCUCAGGUCCCAGCUGGGUGACCCUGGGCAAGUCCCUUAACCCCCAUUGCCCAGCCCUUAACGUUCUUCUGCCUUGGAACCUAUACAUAGUAUUGAUUCUAAGAUGGAAGGUGAGGGUUAAAACAAAGAAAAAGAAUCCCUGCUUCGGGCAGCCCUGCCUGGGAGACUGGCCUCUCUGUGGCCUCCGGCCACCGGCAUCAGACAUGGGGCUGUCCCUGCUGGUCCCGAUGCCCCACUUGACCUUCCCACCACCGAAGUCGUUUUUAAAAUCUUACUUUGGGUCAAGAUUCUCUUCCCAUUUCCUUCAACAAAACUGUGGGGCUUCCCUGGGCAGGAGGACGGUUCUCUGGGGAAAGGGGCGAGAGCCUGAGCCCCAGGAAGCUGCCCCCUCGCUCCCCCAGCUGGGAAGGGGCUCCCCGGGGGAAGGCCGCCGCGCCGUGAUGGUGGCCCGGUUCCGCCUCUUAGUUUCGUUCUGUUUUGUUCCUGCCAUCAGCCAAAUAGGAGUUUCCGAACCCUCUUUGUUGCCCUCUGUUCCGUGAAGACCAAAGCUGGGUGGUAGAAUCGCUGACAAGUGUGUACGGAGAUGUGCCGCGCUGUGUGGGUCCUGGGCUCCUCCCCUGCCCCGCGGCCGGCGCCCGCCCCUCUGCCUUCCCCAGCUCCCCCACACACGUGCCCCCACAGGCCUCAUUCUUGCUUGGAAACCCUUCGAGACCUUUUGGCCCGAAGCACCCCGGCGACCCCCAGAAGGCUUCUCGUUAGUAAGCUUUCCCGCAACGGUGGCGGAGCCGCAGCGGCAGCCUCGCUUCAAUUCUUCCUGGGCUGGGACUUGGAUGCACUUUACAGGGGAGGAGACGUCUGGGUUAGAGAAGAUCUUCGUCAGCGCCUCCCCGCUGGCCCUCUCCCAGGACCAUCGCACGUUGCUCUGAGGCGCUUAGCGACUCAGCACGCCUCUGUGGAAGGAGCUCUGCGCCUCUCCCUCACGUGCCGUCCCGGCCGCGGGCAAAGUGGCACUUCUCGUUCAGAUCCCGUGCGGCCUGCGCCCAGCUGUCUGGACCGCUGACUCCGUGGCCCUUGCAGCGAUGUCACUCCCAGAGUGCCACAUCCUCUUCCUGGACCCGGGGCCCUCCGUGACUUCCUUUACUGUUCUGGCCCUGCCGGGGAAUUGGGAGAGGAACUCAAAAGGAGCCCAAAUGUCUUUGUCUUUCAAGUGAUUUUUCCUUGAGGCCGUUCUAGCAAUGAGAUCCAUCCUCAGCCCAUUUCUUUGGGUUCUGAUCACCAGUUUUUAAAAACUGUUUAAUUGACUCUUUGUUUUCUCCGUUCAGAAAAACCACAAACUCAUCCUAUACCUAAUUGUGCCUGGAAGCGUCAGGAGUUUUAUUGGGGGGAAUCGGGUAAGAAGAGGACCUGGGAAUGUCCUGGGACGUCUAGCCUCGGAGAGGGUUGGCGGAGCUGAGAGGAUAGCGGGCAGCGCGUCCGCCAGCGCCUACGUAUCCUCGCGGUUUUAGUUCCUGGUGUGUGCUGGGGUUUUCGAUGUACAAAUUUCAUUUCAAGGAAGUAAAAGGAUAAAAAUGUUCAAGGCCUUUCUUAAGGUUUUUGGUUGGUUUGUUUUUCUUUAUUUCUCUGGGAUUGAAUUCAUUUUUGGUAGGGAAGGACAGGGCAAUGCUGACCAUUUGGGGACCUCUCCCAGAAGGAAAUGGGAGUGUCUACAGAGGUGGGUUUCACAAUGGCCGUUUGAAAGCUGGGAUGUAGGUGGGAGAGGCAGCGACAUGCAGGGAGGAGAAGGAAUGACGGCAUGGGAUGGGGGAGCGCAGAGGGGGUGCCGACCCCGGGACAGUGACGGGUAUGGCCUCUUCUUACAUGGAAAGCCAUCUUGCUUCUCUUUGCUUUUCUUCCCCCUGUGUGAAAGGGCCGCGUGUUCUAUGCCCCCUUAUAUGCUCCUAAAUGCUGACUCCCUGAUCCUAGACUAUGUCCGUGCCUGAGAUUGACAAAGUGGCGCUGCUUCUGCCCUCCUGGCCCGCCUCCCCCCAGCUUCGAGCUGUCCCUAGUGCCCCCCCCUUUCCCUGGGAAGGUCCUGCUGCCUCCUGUGUCUGUGCAGUGUUUGGGCCGGGGGACCCUCGCAGGCCCCCUUCCUCUCUGGCCCUCAGGGCAGGUUUAUGGAGGUUGUGGUGGAGUUUUCCAACAGAACAGAUAAGCUGAGGCAGGGGUGGGGGCUGGACCCUCAGCUCCCUGUUUUUAUCCUGAAUCCACACAGUGGUCCAUGAGUCCUUCCUUCUUUGUUACUGACACUAACUGUAAUUGUGUGGGGAGAGGCCUGAGCCUUAUCUUUCUCCGUGUGGAUUUUUGUAAAUGUGGUGGCUUUGUAUAUAGAGAUGGGCUCUUCAGAUUUGGGGCAUAUGUUGACUUUGUAUGCGUCAACCGAGAGUUAAAAAUCCAAAGACAAUGUAAUGAACUGUAAAAAUGUUAAUGAUUUAUACUGUAUAAUAAACUAAACUAUUGUACUAUUCUAUCGUUUGCAUCACGUGACCAACAGCACCUAAAUAAAACCAAAAUUCUUCUUUGGCCAUA